GAAAUCAAUUUUUUCACAACUGGAAGAUCUCCUAACCACAUCACAUCGCCAUAUUGAUUUCGCUCUGUGCUUUGUGCUUGCUGCUUGGUUGAUUUCGCUCUGUGCUUUGUGCUUGCCGUGUGGUUGCUGCUGUAUUUGAAUUUGUUAACUUAUAUUGACCUCUGAGUUAAUUUGUUUUGCUGUUUUUGUUCUUUCAGAUGGCGCUGAUCAUUGGGGAUUCUCAGGUCAAGUACCUGAACCAGUAUCUUUGGGAUGGAAUUACUUGCAUUCCUAAACCAGGGUACAAGGUUCAGGAUCUUGUGCCGAUUAUUGAAGAGGUUGGACCUUACUUCAAUAAAGUAGUCCUCCAUUGCGGAACCAACAAUGUGCUGAGCGAGGAUGCAGAGACCAUCGUCGACCAUAUUUUGAAUUUUGCAGAGACCUUGAAGAGGGUAAAUUCGUAUGCUACACUGAUGGUGUCAGGCAUCCUACCAAGGAAAAUGAAUGGCUACCGCUGUGAAACAUCUGGCCAGCGUGUUGCUGGGAUGAAUGCCAAGUCAGCUUGCGUAAACGAUAUGCUGCGACAGUGUUUGCCAAACAUGGAGGUAAUGUUCAUUGAACUGUGGGAUUUCUUUUUGCAGCCUGGAAUGAUUUCUUUUGAUGGACUUCACAUCACGGCUCAAGGUUGCAAGUUGCUGUGCAGAUCCUAUGGGAAGUUUUGCAAGAGUAAGGUGCCCAUCAAAUUGUCUGUUCCUACAGAACAAAAUGUUGCUGUUGUUUCCAGGAUUACUACAAUUUCUAGUAAGCAGCAAGGGGUCGCGGCAUCUUUACCUUCUAAUGAAGACUUUCCUUCCCUGGAAGAAUCUUGUACACAGAAGCGUUUUGUACUCUCUCAGGUUCCAAAAGUCAAAAAACUACCUGCUUUUCAGAGAAUGUCUCAGCGUUUGAAGGUUUUGCCUAGCCAGUUUACUUCAAUUUCUUGUGUACCUUGUGUAGUCCAGAAUUCCUUUGCCCCAGUAAAUCCUGUUGUGCCAUCAGCUGUUGAGUCUCUUAAAAGCAAUUUUCAGGUUCCUGUGUGUACCCCAUCUUCUGGACAGUCAUCAUCUCAGGCUAAAGUGUCUGGGCCACUACACAACGUAUCUUCUGCACCUCAUUCACCACUGCCAUAUUUUCAGCACAGUGCUUCAAAAAGGUUUUUUCGCCCAGUUCUGCCAUGUAUUGAAUCAUUUGUCCAUGAAAACAAGUUUAAUGUUUUGAAUUCUGUAACAGAGAACGAAGAUGCCAGCAUGUUUGAAAGUAGUUUUGGUGGUAAAAAGUGCAGUAAAAAGAUGAAAGAUUGUAGGUUUAAGAAUAGUGUAAAUCCAAGGAAAGUUCGGAGCCGUCUGGUUGGAGGGGGAGCCACUUCAUUAUCAGAAGGUGUAUCGUUCAGUAGUUAUAAGGAAUUUACAGAGGUUUAUGAACAGUGGUUAGAAGAAGGACAUCAUCCAAUGAGAGUGAACCAUUCUGUAAGAAGUCCUGGUGGUGGUGAUAAUAUUCCUUAUGUGCAGGUAAAAUAUGUGUGUAAACAUUUUGGUAAGCCUAGGAUUAGAGGUAAUGAUGUUCGGCCAAAUCAAAAGUAUAAUGCCAAAGGUUGCCCUGUACAUGUAAAAAUUAUUUAUAAUAAUAAGCUGAAAUGUUAUGUUGUGCGUAGUAUGAUUGAUUGCCAUAAUCAUGAAACUGGUCCAGAUGUCAUUAUGCAUUAUCCUGAUCAAAGAUUACUUGAUAAGGGGGAACAAGAGGCAAUUGCCCCUUUAAUCAAAUAUAACAUGGGCACGAAAGAAUUGAGACAGUUUAUUGGGGAUGAAAGUGGGAAAAUGUUACAGAGUAAGGAUGUUCACAAUUUACGUCAGCGGGCAAAAGAGAAUAUUGUUGAUGGGCGCAGUCAGGCAGCUUUGUUGGUAGAUGAGCUAACGAAACUGCAAGAGGAAAUUGGCUGUUCAGUUCAUAUAGAAACUGAUGAAAAUAAUGAAUUACUUUUUCUUGUAAUGCAAACUAGUUUUAUGAAAAAUUUAGCUAGUAAAUACAGUGAUGUUUUGAUGAUAGAUGGUACUUACAAGGUUAAUGCUGAAGGUUAUCCAUUAUAUUGCGUUUUGUGUGAGGAUGGGAAAGGGCAUGGAAAACCUAUUAGUUAUGUGUUUGUCAGAAAUGAAACAGAAGUAGUUCUUAGUAAAGCUUUUGUCAAAGUUUUGGACCUGAAUCCUAACAUGUUAAAUUGCAAAGUAAUGAUAAUGGACAAAGACAGGGUAGAAAUGAAUAUAGUGUCAAAAAUGCUCCCCCAAUGCAAAAUUAUUUUAUGCUCCUUUCAUGUCUUGAAGGCUUUCAAAGAAAAAGUUGCGUCGUUAGAUUGUACGAGAGAGAAGAAGGCACAGGUGGCGGCAUGCUUGAAGCAGCUUCUUUAUUCUUCGACAGAAGAUUCUUAUAACACUAAUUUUCAGGUUUUGUUAAAUGUUGCCCCUUCUGAAUUUAUGCAAUACUAUAUUAUAAACUGGGAUAAAUGUAAAGAGCUUUGGGUGUUUGCUUUCAGAAGGAAGGAGUUGACUUUAGGUAAUAAUACAAAUAACAGACUGGAAAGCCAUAACCAAAAGCUGAAACAGUAUUUGAAGUCAAGCAUGCAUUUACCUGAGGCAGUGAAGGCACUAUGUGAUUUCAUACGAGUUUUGGAAGUCAAUUUUUCUCAAGAAGCUUUCAAAGAAAUGAAGACUCAUAUUAAUAAGAAUUUUUCUGAUAAUAUUCAUUUACAGAUAUCUUCUCAUUGCACUGUCGAAGCCACCAAAUUAAUAUGUAGGCAGCUGGAAAAGUCUAAACAAGAAAUGAUAUAUGCUAAUGGUAAUGUGUCUUUUAAUGGCUUCAGCUACUGUAUAGGCAAUAACUUUACAGUAUGCAGUUGCACAUUUUUUUCACAGUAUUCUCUGCCUUGUGCACAUUUGUUGUUUGCCAGAAGAGCUUGUGGAAUGUGUGUAUUUUCAGAAGAUACUGUCAGCAGUAGAUGGAAGAAAGAUACAUUUGUGGGUUCUUUGCCAUCUUCUCAGAGUGAAAUGUCUGUUUCCACAUAUGUUGUUGAGAAAACACUGCUGAGAAAGCCUCUUUCCGAAAGAGAGAAAUAUAACUUGGCUCUUUCCCAUUUGAAACCAAUUGCUUCUUUCAUUGCGACAUUAGGUGUAAAACAGUUCAAUGACUGCAUCAACAAGACCAAUGAAUUCUUUGGACAGCUACUACAAGAUUUCCGGAGUACCAGCAUGCACUUACCAGAACAUAAUUCUGUAGUUACUGAUGGCAGUAUUGGUUCCCCCCAACAUGUCUCUGUUAAUAGUCUUGCUAGUAGUUUCUGUGAAAAUAAUAAUUUCAGCUGCCCAGCAGACGCUUCUUUGCUGCAUGAUGAGUUGGGAGAGUUUUUAAAGUUUACAGGUUCAAGUGUUCCCAGUGAAGAAAGUAAUUUUUGUGAAAAUGUUUCCUCUGCAUCCACUUUACCUCUAACUGUAUCUUCUUCCUUUAGUGUUAAUGAUAAGACUAAGUUUCAGUAUGUUGAUUGUCUACCAGAAUCUAGGUAUGAUUCCGUUCUUUCUGAGCCAAACCUUUGUGAAAAUGUUUUGCAGGAAAGCUUCAGUAGUAGUUUAAUUGCAGAUCCUAAUGGAUAUGGUAAUGAACCACAAAGUUUUGAUAGUCUAGAAAGUCAAUUCACUGGAGGGAUUAACCUUCUGCAGCUGCAGCUCACCGCCAGGUGA